AUGGAAUACCCCGAAGAUCUAGAUCUAGAAGGCAUGAACGCGCUAGACGAACUGACCGGCAAUGCUGGACCAUAUGAUCAUACUGCCGCACCCAAGCUGUCCUCCGAGCUAGAAGAUCUCAUCCGAGCCACCAAGUGCCAGACUCCCGCGCAUGGAACCCCCAAGCGCAAAUUGAGCAAGAUGGACUACCUCUUCAAGAUCACCGCACCCAUCACCCCGACGAUCCUCGCAUCCGCCGCUAUCCUCCCCACCCAACCCCAAAUCCACCAAGGCCAAGGCGAAGAUGGCGCUGCGACAUUCUGUCAAGUCCGCGACAUCGACAUCCCAACGAUCAAGAAAUGGCUUGCGGAGGCAUACCCCACGAUCUCACCAACUUUCAUCCCCAUCAACAUCGCACGAAAAGCCCUCUCUCCAUUCUCUGCAUACCCAACCCUUGGCUACGACACCACACUACCUCACCGUCGCCCCCAAAACAUCACCGGCUCUGAAUGCCUGCCGGCACAAAACCAAUAUCCCGUGUGGUACUUCUUCUACGGCACCCUAGCCAACAGCUCCCACCUCGCCCAUCUAUUCAACUCGCCAUCAGACCAACAACACACGCUCUUACCAGCCAUGAUUCACUCAGGAAAGAUCAGAACGUGGGGCGGCAAGUAUAAAGCUUUGGUCGACAACCCUGGCACGUGUGUUGAGGGAUGCGCGUACGAGGUUGUAUCGCAGGAACAAGAAGAUGCGCUGAGGGUGUAUGAGACGGCGAAGUAUGAGGUUGUGAGGGUGGAGAUUAUGUGUCGAAUGGAUUUUCGAGCUAGGUUUGUGAAGGGGUUGACGUUUCGGUUUGCGGGGGAGGAGGGGGAGUUGGAUGAGGAUGAGGGGGAAUCGGAGUCGGACGAGGAUGAAGUUGAAGUGGCAUCAGCGGAUUAG